UAGAUUCCUGGGAGAUAAACAGAUUGAAAGACUGAAACUUGAAGUUUGAGUCAAUGCUUUCCUUCAUCCUCUUGGCUAUUUUGGCUCAAGCCUCGCCCGUAAAAUGUGGAAAUCCUCUUCAACAAAAAAUGAACAUAAUAAUCUUGGCAGGACAAAGCAACAUGGCCGGUCGUGGCGGAGUUCUUAACGACACUGCAACAGGGAUCACAGCUUGGGACGGCGUAGUUCCUCCGGAGUGCCAGCCGAACCCUUCGAUCUUCAGGCUGAGCGCGAACCUGACGUGGGUCGAAGCCCUUGAACCACUCCAUGCUGACAUUGAUUACAACAAGACAAAUGGGAUUGGACCUGGAAUGCCCUUUAUCAAUGCUGUGUUGGGUAAGAACCCUAAGUUUGGGGUGGUUGGAUUGGUCCCUCGUGCUCAGGAUUUUAAAUCGCGGUCCCAAUGUCAGAAAGGGGAGCUCUUGUACAAGCAGUUGGUGAAAAGAGCUCAAGCGGCGGUGAAGAGUGGGGGAGUGUAUAGGGCAAUGCUUUGGUAUCAAGGGGAGAGUGAUACAGAAAAUAAACAAGAUGCUGAUUUUUAUAAAGGUAGAUUGGAGAGAUUCUUCCAUGAUUUACGUUCCGAUCUGCAAACACCUACGCUCCCCGUAUUCCAGCUAGGGAUAAGCGGCCAAAUUGCCGAGAUAAUGUUGUGGGGAGGUGGGGCGAAUUCCCAAUAUAGGCCACAUCCGAAAUUAUUUUCUCAUCUUGGGCCAAACUUAAAGACUCCAAGAGUGUACAGCGUAUUCAGGCCAAUGGAUAAGACUCCAGAGUGCACGGCGUCUUCAGGCCAAUGUAUAAGACUCCAUGAGUGCACGGCGUCUUCAGGCUAUGCAGAAACAGGUUGGUGGUUAAACGGGAAACAUAUGAGCACCAUUAAUAUCCCGAGAUAG